AUGGCAUCGAUAUCACGGAAAGGCCUUCUGCCGACUGAAAGACAAGACAUCCCGGCACAGGGCCGAAUCCAGGCAGCCGCACACCCAGCCAAACAAGCAAACGAGAAACAAGAACACAAGACGGCACGCGACACGAGCACGAGCACGGAUGCCGUUGCGGCGCGUGUCAACGGCGUGGUGGAGUUGAAUGAUACGAAGUAUGAAAGCGAGGACAGACAGUAG